UCUUCAUUUCAUUUGGUAAAGUCUUAAGAAAGUGAGCCCAUGGGUUUUCGGCGGUGGAAACCCCUUAACGAUUAUUUUCACGCGUGGAAAUUAUUCAGACGGUGAUGAAGGCUGUAAACUUGCGUUAGUGGGCGGUGACAACUUCUGCAUCCUAGCGCUCUUUUCACAUUUCCAGCUGUGAGUCACUGCAAGAAAGACAGAAACCUGGAUUUUCAGCGCUUAUUCACUGGAAAUAAACCUUAAUUCCGCGCAUGUGGGAGUGCAUAGGCAUUUGCUGCGUUUACCUUUUGAAAUCAGUGUCCGGCGGUAUUGUUUAUGUGGGCUGUUAAGAGAUAAGAUACAGCCCUCGUUAUCAGCCUUGAUUUUUUGGUGAGAAAGCGUCUAUUAGAAUCGACUCACCCCGCGGCUCGCUUGUGAUGGUUCAGUCCAGCUGCGAGAGUCCAGUCUCGAUGCACUGGGAUUUUUCUCAGCGCCGACACCAAGUGAAUCUCCCUUUUAAAACCAUCUGAUAACCGUGCCUGCCAAAAAAAUCCCACCAUGAGCGCCUCUUUGAAUUGUGACAGAACGGGACUCGUGAGGACUGAGUGCAGAUGUACAUACACCGGGACGAGGAGAUUGUAUAAGGAUGGUAUCAGGUUUUGUGCGCUAAUGAAGGUGGGAGUACAGGCGCAUCAUUGGAGCGGGGUGCUGUUCUUCUAUAUGGGGCUGCUGGCUGCAUCGGCUAAGGCUCAAAACUGCAGUCACACAUUACACAGUCCAAAUGGGACAAUAGAAAGCCCUGGAUACCCGUAUGGAUAUCCCAACUACGCCAACUGCACAUGGGUAAUUGUGGCACAGGAACACAACCGGAUACAGUUGGUAUUUCAAGGCUUUGCAUUAGAGGAGGACUUUGACAUCCUCUCGGUCUAUGAUGGACAGCCGAGUCCAGGAAACUUACGAACACGGUUGACGGGGUUUCAACUUCCUGCUCCUAUAGUGAGCACAGGACCGAGACUCACACUGUGGCUGCUGUCAGACUACGCCGUAAGCGGCCAAGGAUUCAAAGCGGUGUACGAAGCCCUUCCGAGCUACACCUGUGGAAAUCCAGGCCAACUUCUCAAUGGCAUGCAGCAGGGCUCCACUUUUAACAUCGGGGACAAGAUCCGCUACAGCUGCAACCAGGGUUAUAUGCUGGAGGGUCACACGGUACUGUCCUGUCUGGCCACCUCCUCCGGGACGGCUGCCUGGGACUUCCCCCUGCCGUACUGUCGAGCGGAUGAUGGCUGUGGUGGCACAUUACGAGGUCAAAGCGGCGUCAUCAACAGUCCAAACUACCCACAGGAGUACAACAACAACGCUGACUGCACCUGGACCGUGCUGGCUGAGCCGGGUGACACCAUCGCCUUGGUCUUCUCUGACUUUCAGCUAGAAGAGGACUAUGACGUUCUGGAAAUAACCGGCACGGAAGGAUCCUCUCAGUGGUUCACUGGUCCUCACCUGCCAUCACCCAUCAUCAGCAGCAAGAACUGGCUCAGGCUCCACUUCACAUCCGACGGAAACCACAAGUUGAGAGGCUUCAGUGCUCAGUACCAAGUGAAGAAGAUGACAGAACUGAAGUCCAGAGGGGUAAAGAUGCUGCCAAGUAAAGACAACCAUAGCAAGAUAUCAGUUUUAUCACAGAUGGGUGUAGCGCAAGGACACAACAUGUGUCCAGACCCAGGAAUCCCGGAGAGGGGCAAAAGAAAAGGCUCAGAUUUCAGGCGAGGUGCUACCGUUCACUUUUCUUGUGACGAAGGCUAUGAGCUUCAGGGCUCCAAAAGCAUCACCUGUCUGCGAGUUACAGACAGUUACGUGGGCUGGAGUGAUGACCGGCCCAUCUGUAGAGCUCCGAUGUGUGGUGGGCAACUCCGUGGCCCUAAUGGUGUCAUCACCUCACCCAACUUUCCAGUACAGUACGACAACAAUGCUAACUGCACUUGGAUCAUCACAGCAUCUGACCCAUCCAAGGUGAUCAAGCUGACUUUUGAAGACUUUGAGCUGGAACGUGGCUAUGAUACUCUUACCGUAGGAGACGGGGCAGUAAUCGGCGAUCAGCGGACGGUCUUUCAUGUGUUGUCUGGAAGCACAACACCAGAUCUGGUGGUCAGCACCAGCCAUCAGAUGUGGCUUAAUUUUAAAACGGAUGACACCAGUGGCUCUUUGGGCUUUAAGGUUUCUUAUGAAGAAAUCGACCAGGGUGGGUGCGGAGACCCAGGAAUCCCGGCCUACGGCAAGAGAGAAGGCUCGGGCUUCCGACAUGGAGACAAGCUGUAUUUUGAGUGCCUUCCAGCCUUUGAGCUGGUAGGAAAAAAGAACAUUACCUGCCAGAAAAAUAAUCAGUGGUCAGCCAAGAAGCCAAGCUGCGUGUUUUCAUGUUUCUUCAACUUUACAACUCCUUCUGGGGUCCUGCUGUCACCAAACUACCCUCAGGAGUAUGGCAACAACAUGCACUGCGUGUGGCUGAUCAUUGCCAAACCCGAGAGCCGGAUCAACCUGGCCUUCAAUGACCUGAAUAUGGAGAAGCAAUUUGACUUCCUGUCCAUUAAGGACGGGGGCAAGGCAGAGUCGCCCAUUCUGGGCACCUUUUCCGGGGACGUGCUGCCGUCACCCAUCACCACCAGCGGCCAUGUGGCCCGGCUUGAGUUUUUGACUGAUCACACGUACACAGACCGUGGAUUCAACAUCACCUUCACAACGUUUCGGCACAACGAGUGUCCUGAUCCCGGAGUUCCGGUGAAUGGGAAACGUUUCGGCGAGAGCCUGCAACUCGGCAGCUCCAUCUCUUUCUUGUGUGAAGAGGGGUUUGUAAAGACCCAUGGCUCUCAGACCAUCUCAUGCAUCCUGAAGGAUGGAAACGUUGUGUGGGACAACGCUGUGCCACGCUGCGAAGCUCCAUGUGGUGGAAACCUGAAGGCUUCAAGUGGAAUCAUUCUGUCUCCGGGUUGGCCUGAGCUCUAUAGAGAAGCCCUCAACUGUGAGUGGAUCAUCGAGGCUCCACCAGGAUAUCCUAUUAAGAUCAUCUUUGACAAAUUCCGGACGGAGGUUAACUAUGACGUUCUUGAGGUACGGGAUGGGCGCUAUCCUUCCUCGCCUCUGAUUGGUAGUUAUCAGGGAACACAAGUCCCACAGUUCCUCAUUAGUACCUCGAGCUUCCUGUAUCUGCUCUUCACCACCGAUAAGAGCCACUCCGACAUCGGCUUCCGCAUCCGAUACGAGACCCUGCAGCUGCAGUCGGACCACUGCGUUGAUCCUGGAAUUCCAGUCAACGGUCAGCGCCAUGGGAAUGAUUUUUAUGUGGGGGCUCUGGUGACAUUUAGCUGUGAAGCCGGAUACACCCUCAGUGACAACGAACCCCUUGAGUGCGAACCCAACUUCCAGUGGAGUCGACCCCUGCCCAGCUGUGAUGCUCUUUGUGGAGGGUUUAUUCAGGGGAACAGUGGCACAAUUUUAUCCCCUGGGUUUCCUGACUUCUACCCCCACAACCUCAAUUGUACCUGGAUGAUUGAGACUUCACAUGGUAAAGGCGUCCAGUUUACCUUCCACACAUUUCACUUGGAGAGCCCACACGAUCACCUCUUAGUCACAGAAAAUGGUAGUUUCUCUCAGCCCCUGUGGAGGCUGACCGGAUCCACACUGCCCCCGCCCCUCAGCGCCGGUCUCUUUGGGAACUACACGGCACAAAUCCGUUUCCUCUCCGACUUCUCUGUGUCUUACGAAGGCUUCAACAUCACUUUCUCAGAAUAUGACCUGGAGCCCUGCGAAGAUCCGGGCGUCCCCCAGUUCAGUACUCGCAAGGGGCUGCAAUUCGGGGUGGGGGAUGCCCUCAUCUUCUCCUGUUUUCCGGGGUACCGUCUAGAGGGUCCGGCGAGGGUGGUGUGUCUAGGGGGGCGUCGGCGGGUGUGGAGUUCCCCUCUGCCAAGGUGUGUUGCUGAAUGUGGGUCAUCUGUAACCGGGAAACAAGGAGUCUUGCUCUCUCCCAACUACCCUGGGUACUAUGGUAACAACCAUGAAUGCAUCUAUUCAAUCCAAACGCAGCCCGGCAAAGGGAUUCAGCUCCGAGCACGGGAUUUUCAUCUGGAAGAUGAUGACAUUCUUAUGGUGUAUGACGGUAGCAGCAACAACGCCCGCUUGCUGGGCACGUUCACGAAUACAGAGCUGAUGGAUGUUACUCUGAACAGCACGUCCAGCUCUAUGUGGCUGGAGUUCGUCAGUAACAGUGACAAUACAAGCAAGGGUUUCGAACUACACUUUACCAGCUUCGAAUUGGUGAAGUGUGAGGAUCCAGGCGUUCCACAGUUUGGUUUUAAACUGGAAGACAAAGGUCACUUUGCAGGCAGCACGGUGUCGUAUAGCUGUGACCCUGGCUAUACUUUAAGAGGCCCGGAGGUCCUGACGUGUCUCAGAGGAGAGAGAAGAGCAUGGGACAACCUCCUCCCGCUGUGUGUGGCCGAGUGCGGAGGAACGAUUAAAGACGAGCUCACUGGACGUAUUCUGUCUCCCGGUUACCCGGCUCCAUACGAGCACAACCUGCACUGUGUCUGGACCAUUGAGGCGGCACUUGGAAGCACCGUCGGGCUACAUUUCCUGGUCUUCCAUACAGAGGAAGUGCAUGAUGUUUUGAGGAUCUGGGAUGGUCCUCAGGAUGGAGGCGUGUUGCUUAGAGAGCUGAGCGGCUCUACACUUCCUCCAGAUCUUCACAGCACCUUUAACACUGUCAGUUUGCAGUUUACAACCGACUUCUUCACCAGCAAACAAGGCUUUGCUUUGCAGUUCUCAGUUUCAACUGCCACUUCCUGUAAUGAUCCUGGAAUUCCAACUAAUGGCACUCGGAUCGGAGACAGCAGAGAACCGGGGGAUCGUGUGCUUUUCCUGUGUGAUCCGGGCUACGUCCUACAAGGGGCGACCAAGAUCACAUGCACUGAAAUCAACAACCGUUUCUUCUGGCAGCCUGAUCCGCCCACUUGUUCCGCUCCGUGUGGUGGGAAUCUGACUGGCCCCAGUGGUCUGAUCCUUUCUCCUGAAUAUCCAGAGCCAUAUCCUCAUGGCAGAGAAUGUGACUGGACUGUUUCAGUAUCUCCUGACCACAUAAUUUCUCUCAACUUCAAUCACUUUAGCCUAGAACCAAGCUAUGACUUUCUGCACGUUUACGAUGGGCCUGAUUCUCUCAGCCCACUGCUGGGCAGUUUUUAUGGCACUGAUGUCCCUGAACGCAUCGAGAGCAGCUCCAACACGCUCUUUCUGGCCUUUCGAAGUGACGCCUCGCUCAGCAGCAAUGGAUUCGUCAUUCAGUACACAGAGAAUCCCAGAGAAUCAUGUUUUGAGCCAGGCCUGGUGCGCAAUGGAACCCGCGUCGGCGCUGAGCUAAAGCUGGGAGCCACGGUCACCUAUUACUGUGACAACGGCUACACUUUGGAGGGAGACGCCACUCUCACCUGCAUCAUGGGGGGAGACGGCAAGCCUGGCUGGAACAAACCAAAGCCUGUUUGCAUAGCUCCAUGCGGUGGUCAGUAUUCCGGGUUAGAGGGGGUGGUGCUCUCCCCUGGUUACCCUGGAAACUACAGCAGCGAGAGGACCUGCCUUUACUCUGUUAUUGUGCCGAAGGACUAUGUGGUGUUCAGCCAGUUCGCCUUCUUUCAGACGGCGCUGAAUGAUAUCGUGGAGGUGUACGAUGGCCCUACGCAGCAUGCCCGCGUUUUGAGCUCGCUCUCUGGGGCGCACACAGGUGAAUCAUUGCCGUUAGCCACUUCCAACCAGAUCCUUAUCCGGUUCUCCUCCAAGGGUCAGUCAAGCUCCAGAGGUUUCCACCUUGCCUAUCAAGCUGUCCCAAGGACCAGCGCGACCCAGUGCAGCUCCGUACCAGAGCCUAGGCACGGCAAGCGCACAGGGAACAACUUUGCGGUGGGGGCCGUGGUGACUUUCGAGUGUAAUGCAGGAUAUGUCCUGGAGGGACCCAACGCCAUCGAAUGCCUGACUGUACCCAACGCUCUAGCUCAAUGGAACGGGAGCAUCCCCAGCUGCAUCGUGCCAUGUGGAGGGAAUUUGACCCAGCGGAUAGGGACUAUUCUUUCGCCCGGUUACCCCGAACCGUACCUGAACAGCCUGAGCUGUGUGUGGAAGAUCACUGUGCCUGAGGGAAUGGGAAUUCAGAUCCAGGUGAUUAGCUUUGUGACGGAGCAGAACUGGGACUCUCUUGAGGUGUUUGAUGGGGGUGACAACACUGACACCAUGCUGGGAAGCUUCUCAGGUACGACAGUCCCAGCUCUGCUAAACAGCACCUCCAACCAGCUUUACCUGCACUUCUUCUCAGACAUCAGCGUCUCUGCAGCAGGUUUCCGUCUGGAGUACAAGACUGUGUCUCUCACUAGCUGUCCUGAGCCCAUCGUACCCAUGAAUGCGUACAAAGUGGGUGAUAGGCUACACAUGAACAACGUGGUGUCGUUCCAGUGUGAUCCCGGUUAUACUUUGCAGGGAGUCUCCCAUAUCUCCUGCAUGCCCGGGCCUGUGCGCCGCUGGAACUAUCCACCUCCUCUCUGCAUCGCUCAGUGUGGGGGAAUCAGAGAGGAGAUGGAAGGCACCAUCCUCAGCCCUGGUUUCCCAGGAAACUACCCUAGCAACAGUGACUGCACCUGGAGGAUUUACUUACCAGUCGGUUACGGGGCUCAUGUGCAAUUCCUCAACUUCUCCACCGAAGCCAACCAUGAUUUCCUGGAAAUAAGGAACGGACCUUUCGACACCAGCACUGUGAUCGGCAGAUUCAGUGGACAGGACAUACCACCAUCUCUUCUAACCACCUCGCACGAGACUACCAUAUAUUUCCACAGCGAUCAUUCUCAGAAUAAACCUGGCUUCAGAUUUGAUUAUCAGGCUUAUGAACUUCAGGAGUGUCCAGACCCUGAACCCUUUCGCUAUGGUGUGGUGGUUGGGGCGGGUUAUAAUGUCGGCCAGUCCAUUUCCUUUGAGUGCUAUCCCGGGUAUCAGCUGAUGGGCCAUUCCAUUCUCACCUGUCAGCACGGAACGACACGCAGCUGGGAUUAUCCGUUUCCUCGCUGUGAAGUCCCCUGUGGAGGUAACAUUACAUCAGAAAAUGGCACUAUCUUCUCCCCUGGUUACCCGGAGGAUUACCACACUUCUGCGGACUGCAGCUGGCUGAUCACAGUGGCUCCUGGCCUUGGUAUUCGGCUUAAUUUCACCCUUCUGCAAGUCCAUGGCCCCCAAGACUUCAUCAGUGUCUGGGAUGGACCUCAAGAAACUACUCGAAAACUGGGUGUGUUUACUGAGGGGGAACCAAACAAGCCACCCAGCAGCACCUCUAACCAAGUAUUGAUACGUUUUCGGAGCAACUCUGAAAAAGGUGGACUGUUCAAGAUCAACUACCAAGCCUACAGACUUCAGUUUUGCUUGCCACCUCCCAUCAUACCAAAUGCAGAAAUUCUGAUGGCAAGCAAGGAAUUUAAGAUUGGUGACAUUGUGCGUUACAGGUGUUUGCCGGGAUAUCAUCUGAAUGGAAACAGCAUUCAAACCUGUCGCCUGGGGACGCACCUUGAGUUCGAGGGGCCUCCACCUUCAUGUGAUAUUACCUGUCCCAUGAACGAGGUGCUAACAGCCUCUACAGGUAUAAUCCUAAGCCAGUCACCGGGUAGCAGUCUACCCCACUUUGAGUCCUGCUCAUGGGUGGUAAAGGUGGAUUCAGGUUACAACAUUACUUUCACCGUUGAACACUUCCAGACCAGCAGACAGUUUGAUGAGCUUGAGAUAUUUGAUGGUCCCUCAAGACAGAGUCCACUGCUUAUAUCUCUGAGUGGAAACUAUUCAUCUCCCCUCAGUAUCACCAGCUCCUCAAACAGAGUUUUUCUGCACUGGUCCUUCGAUCAUACCUCGAGCCACAAGGGUUUUCGUAUUCGCUACUCAGCGGCGUACUGCAGCACCCCAGACCCUCCGGUGAAUGGUUCAGUACACAGUCAGACAGGCACGAAGCUGGGCAGCACCUUGCGCUUUAGUUGCGACCGGGGCUUCAACCUGAUUGGCCAGACCACCGCCACCUGUACCCGUACCCCGCAAGGCAUUCACCAAUGGAAUGCUCCAGUGCCACUGUGCCAAGUUGUAUCGUGUGGGAUGCCCAUCGCUCCUGUAAACGGGACUGUCAUAGGGCAGCAUUUCACUCUCGGCUCUAGGGUCACAUUUUCUUGUAACCCUGGCUUCCGAUUGGCCAAUGCUCAGCCUGUGUCAACGGUUUGCCUAGAAUCAGGGAGAUGGAGCCCGAUGGAGACCCGCCCUCGUUGUGUCCCUGUGACCUGCCCUGACAUCAGCCACUCCACAGUGGAUCAUGGGAGAUGGAGACUUAUUUACGGCAUGCAAAAUAAAUAUGAGGCCAUGAUGAUGCUGACAUGUGACCCUGGAUAUUUCUACAAGGGUCAAAGGGUCAUCCGCUGCCAGGCUAAUGGCACCUGGGAUUACCCUGAGCCUAGGCCGUCCUGUGAAAUCAUUUCCUGUGGAGAGCUCGGAACACCUCCGAAUGGGAAUAAAAUAGGAACGUUGACCGUGUACGGAGCUACAGCUAUUUUCUCCUGUAACACGGGUUAUACACUGGUGGGCUCCAGAGUAAGAGAGUGCAUGUCCAAUGGCCUGUGGAGUGGAGCUGAGGUCCAAUGUCUAUCUGGACACUGUGGCACACCAGAGCCUAUUGUGAACGGUCAGAUCAUUGGAGAGAACUACAACUACAGAGGCAGCGUCGUUUACCAGUGUAAUCCCGGAUUCAGGCUGAUCGGUGUAUCCGUCCGCAUCUGCGAGCAGGACCACCGCUGGUCUGGGAAGACUCCUGUCUGCAUUCCUAUCACCUGUGGACAUCCAGGCACCCCUGCUAAUGGUGUGACUCAGGGAACGCAGUUUAACCUCAAUGACAUUGUGCGGUUCGCCUGCAACCCCGGUUAUGUUCUGCAAGGUGUCGUCAAAUCUCACUGUCAGCUCAAUGGCCAGUGGAGCAACGCUCUGCCCAAGUGCAAAAUUGUGAACUGCACUGAACCAGGUCAUGUUGAGAAUGGUGUCAGACAGGUCCUGCCCAGCGGGCCUCAUCGUUACAGUUUCCAGACCGCAGUAACAUACAGCUGUAACCCUGGAUACUACCUGCUGGGCACCAGCACACUAAGCUGUCAGGGAGACGGCACCUGGGACCGUUCCCUACCCAUGUGCCUAUUGGUUCUCUGCGAUCGUCCCAGCUUGCCUCCAUACGUGCAGAUUUCGGGGGACAGGCACACGGUGGGAUCCGUUAUCCGCUUCAGCUGCAUGGGCCAGCGCACCAUUGUGGGCAACACCACCCGCAUGUGCCAGCUGGACGGCCAGUGGAGCGGCUCCCUGCCACAUUGCUCCGGGGAUUUGGCUGGUAUGUGUGGGGACCCUGGUGUACCGGUGCACGGGAUCCGUCUGGGAGAAGAGUUUUCCGUUGGGAACGUGGUGCGAUUCAGCUGCGAGUCUGGCUACAUUUUGAAGGGCUCCUCUGAACGAUCCUGUCUGGCCAACAGGACCUGGGUGGGCAUUCAGCCUGAGUGCCACGUGGUCUCAUGUGGCAACCCUGGCACUCCUCGCAAUGCCGUUAUCAAGUUUCAUGAUGGAUUCAUGUUUUCCCGCUCUAUCACCUAUGCCUGCAGAGAAGGAUACUACUCCACUGGCUUGCUUACCCGUCAUUGUACGGUCAAUGGCACGUGGACGGGGGAUAUGCCGGAAUGCACAGUCAUACACUGUGGAGAUCCUGGAGUUCCAGCUAACGGCAUCAGACUCGGCAGUGACUUCACCUAUAACCACACCGUGAGCUUCCAGUGUUCACCCGGCUUCACUAUGGACGCUGAUCGUGCAUCAACACUCGUCUGCACCAAGGAUCGUACCUGGAACGGCACCAAGCCUCAUUGUAAAGCUAUUGUGUGUGGUGCUCCACCCAGCAUCCCUAAUGGGCAGGUCCUGGGGACUGACUUCCAGUGGGGUUCAAGCAUCAGCUUCACCUGUAAUCAGGGUUACCAGCUUUCUCUUCCAACUGUGCUCACCUGCCAGGGCUCAGGAAACUGGAGCGGAGAACGGCCUCAAUGUUUUCCUGUGUUUUGUGGAGAUCCCGGCCUACCAGCUCAGGGCAAACGGGAGGACCGAGGGUUCACCUACCUGUCCUCUGUUUCUUUCUCAUGUUACCCACCUUUGAUUCUGGUUGGCUCUGCUCGUCGCUACUGCCAGUACGAUGGAACCUGGAGUGGAACCCAGCCAUCUUGUAUAGAUCCCAGUCACACCAGCUGUGUAGAUCCUGGCACUCCUUUGUUUGGACAUCAGAACAACUCUCAAGGCUACCAGAUUAGCAGUUCAGUGCACUACAGCUGUAGAAAAGGCCACCUUCUUCUGGGAUCCAUCUCUCGCACGUGUCUGCCCAACCUUACCUGGAGUGGCAUGCAGCCUGAGUGCAUUGCCCAUCAUUGUAGUCAGCCUGAGCUUCCUGCACAGGCGGAUGUUGGUGCUAUUGAACUUCCAUCUCUGGGUUAUACGCUCAUCUACACCUGUCAGCCUGGUUUCUACCUGGCUGGAGGGUCUGAGCAUCGUACCUGCAGAGCCGACGGCAGCUGGACGGGGAAACCUCCGCUGUGUGCCCCUGAUAACAGACCAAGCGGAAAAACUGUUGGAACUGUGCAAGAGCCACCAAAUGCAAAAUUACCCGUGCCAACUGGAGUGUUUGCUAAGAACUCUCUUUGGAGGGGUUCAUACGAAUAUCUAGGGAAGAAGCAGCCGGCGAUGUUAAGCAUAACUGCUUUUGAACCAUUCAGCAAUCGGGUCAACGGCACUCUCAUGGACCACAGCGGGGUACAGCUGAAUCUGGCUGGUAUUUAUAAGAAAGAAGAGGCCCAGCUGUUGCUGCAGGUGUAUCAGAUUCGCGGGCCUGUUGAGAUAUUCGUUAACAAGUUCAAAAUUGACAACUGGGCUUUGGAUGGGCAUGUGUCGUACAUGCCUUCCUCUGAUUCUUUUGUUUACCAAGGCUUUGUAAGAGGAAAAGGUUUCGGCCAGUUUGGACUUCAAAGGCUGGAGGGCCUCGAUCCAAAUAGCGAGAAUCCGGGCUAUAACUUUGCCUCCAAUAGCAGUUCAGUGGCAGCAGCCAUUUUAGUGCCUUUUAUUGCAAUGAUCAUAGCAGGCUUUGCUCUCUACCUUUACAAACACAGGAAAAGGCCCAAAGUUCCCUUCAAUGGUUAUGCGGGACACGAGAACACAAACGGGAGGGCGACCUUUGAAAACCCAAUGUAUGACCGCAACAUCCAGCCCACCGACAUCAUGGCCAAUGAGACAGAGUUCACGGUUAGCACAGUUUGUACUGCGGUAUAGCGACCGUUCUCGUCGAAGGUUGGAUAUAAUCACACAACCGUUCCCAUGCUUACAAAUGGGCCACAUGGAUGGACUAAAGAGGAAGAUAUUUUUUAUUUGUAAACCAAUUCCAGUUGUGACAAAAAGUGAUAAACCCUGUCAGCGAUGCGGUAAAAACGCAUCAACAGAGAAAACACUGAGAAAAACCACAUCAAAACUCUGUUCCUACAUUCGUAUGCUAUCUCCUCUUUUUUCCCUCUGAGGGAACUUCCUGUAUAUCUGUGGCACUGCAAAGGGACAAAUGUGACGCUCGUAGCAGUCGCUUGCCAAAAAAAAGACGAGGGAUCUUGUUAGAUAAAACGAGGGCCGCCUAUUCUACCUACUGAGGUGGAAAAAGGCUUUAUGGAGACUUUGGAUACGAGCAGCCAAUUGAAGUCAUGCGUAGUGCGUCCUGGAGAGCUAAAGCUUUGUUUUAGCUUUGUACCUUGAGUUCUUUCCAGGGAGCGCAUUUUGGCUUGUUUAUCAUCUUUAUACAUCAAAGCAGCAAAAUUGCAAACAAGUGCAGACUUUGUUCACAUCACCGAGGACUCGCUCAUUGACGCUCCCGCUAUCAAUUCCCCGAGAAUGUAACUACACCUGAAGGCACAGAUCUCGAAUUGAAGUGGAAUGAGAUUCUGAGGCUUAUUACAACACAUGGAUUCUACGUGUAGCACCUAUCUCUGCUCAUACCAGCCUGGAGGAAAGAGCGCUCUCACCAUCACCAUCCUGGAUGAGAUUGGAUAGUCGGUGCGAUGCUACAAGUAGCCCUUGUGAAGCUGACAUCAUGGCCAUUAUCUGCUAUUUCUUUUUUGACAUUGACAGGAGAAACGCUGCACACCUUUGAAGGCUGGAUUUCAUCUGUAUUGCCCAAAAGGACGUCUAAACAGCACUGUGCAUAUCAUCUUUAUCUGUUUGGUCUUUAAAGGACGUUUUGAGUUGGGAUGUCUUGCAGAUUUUGCAAUCGUUUGUUAGAUAUUCCUCAUUUGAUGAGGUGGAUCAAAUGAUUUCCAAGUGCAUUAGCCCUUGGAAACUUUAUAUAAAGACUGACAAAUAUGUGUCUCUUUCUGUAAAGUCGCAAGCUAAGUGUCAAAAUCUAAAUAGAUUAUGAGAUUAAGAGCAUCCAAAUUUAAAUUCACUCACUUUAAUUUCAAUCUUUGACAUGAUCUUAGUCAAUAUUAAAGAUGUUAUAUUUUCACAGAAUGUUAUUUACAUACCGUAGAAAUCAGAAAAAGUGCUGGGUUUUCACAGACUGGGUCACACAUAACAAGCUCUCAUAAGGAUGACACAAGUUUGAGUUACUAAAUACGGAGCCAGCACCAAAAGUAUAUACAAAUAUUUAGUAAUGUCUGUAGCUUUGUGUCAUAAUCUCUCUUCCCUGCCUGUUUAUCCAUGUCGGCCCCAUGCUUAAGAUAAGCAAAACAGACUUUAAAAAAUUAAUCUGGUUAUUUAUUUGCGUAAACAUUGACUUAAUGUGAAGGAUUGAGGAUGAGAGGUUUACAUUUUUGGAGAAAAGUGUAGAUAACUUCGAUAGUGAUAUUUUCCAAAUAUUCUGGAUGUAGUGUUACUUAUUUUGGUUAUAGGUCUGUUAUUCAAUACUGUCUAUAAAUGGCAUUUAUUUUCAAUGAUCAUUUAAACUCCUCUAUGAUCUUCCAUACACUUCAGCUUCUGAAAUCAAUCACUGAAUUAUUUUUAAAUUUUUAAGUAGAAUUGCUUUUACGGGUUUUAAAUGGCUACUUAUCACGGCUGUGUUAGUACAACAUUACCAAGUGCUCGUUCCAAUUUCGAGUUGAUAGAAAAGCAAAUAUUGUAUUUCCCUUGGGAUUUCAUGUGCGAAGUAUUAAGCAGCGCAUAAUCUUACACCUCUUUGCUUUAAAUGUAUAAGACCGGCGUCCAUUUGUUCCUUUUGAGGGAGAAUUUCAUUUUGAAUUGCUUUAUCGGUGUGGGUGGCAUGUCUGUAAGUGUUUUUAGAUAGCAGACAUCACGAUUAUUUCAUUGCAUUAGUUUGGUGUUUUACAUUGUGUAGACGUUUUUGUCUCAGCAAACUCACAGCAGUACCAUUUAAAUAUUUUAAAUGUCUAUAGAAAGAUGCACUUUGCAAGUGAUAAACACAAAAGGCACAAGG